UAUUAUAUUGUCAUGAUGACGAUAAAGAGGAGAAGAGAAGAAGAAAUAGUAACAGUGGAGACAUUCGCCAUGGCUAAUUGUGUUAGUAUUUUAGAGAAGAAUAGUUCACUAUCACGUCGAUUUUUCGAGUGCAAAACUUGUAAGAAGCAGUUCGAAUCGUUUCAAGCUUUAGGCGGACACAGAGCAAGUCAUAAGAAACCGAAACUACUGGUAUUACCUUCAGAUUCGAUUAAAUCUAAUGCGAAGAAACAUGAAUGCUCUUAUUGUGGUGAGGAAUUUGUACUUGGACAAGCUUUGGGUGGGCAUAUGAGAAAGCAUCGUGAUAAAACAAAGGAGAAAAAUACUUACAAAUCUCCUGAAAAGAAAUUUUGCUUAGAUUUGAAUUUGACACCCUAUGAGAAUGAUCAGUUGACGUUGGGGCCUGUACAGUAGUUCAUUCUUUAUUCCCAACCAAGUAGAUCAGUAUUCAAACUCAGUAUACGAUUAUCGAAAGCAUCUUAUUUGUAUCAACUCUUCAUAAUGAUAAAAAUUAGAGAAGACAAGGGUGAAGUGGAAGCACAAGCAAUGGCUAACUGCUUAAUGCUUUUAUCAUCCAUAGAUCGAGAUCGUCGUAAUUCAUUUGAAUGUAAAACCUGCAAAAGACGCUUCUCAUCUUUCCAAGCGCUUGGUGGCCAUCGAACGAGUCAUAAAUCAACGAUUGAUAUCGGAAAAUUUCUUCACGGUAAAAUAUCCAAAAAACGCAAGGUACAUGAAUGUUUAAUUUGUGGAAUGGAGUUUUCUAUGGGUCAGGCUUUAGGUGGACAUAUGAGGCGUCACCGUGCCCCAGUAAAUGAAAUUGAACAUUCGGCCAAAAGGAUACCAGUUUUGAAGAAAUCGAAUAGCAACGAGAGAAUAUUUUGCGUGGAUCUUAAUUUAACUCCUGAUGAGAAUGAUGACUUUCACUUUUGGCCUAUGCCACCUGUACCUCCAUUCUUAUCCUCUUAGGACUUGGCUAGAACUAUAAAUAUCAUUCAUUUUAAUUCUUGUGGGUAGAUUCACAAAUUUUGUUAUCUAUUUACCUUAAUUGAUCGGAUUUCUUUAUUGAUGAGUAUAUUUAUUCACAAUAAAUUUUAUUACAUGCAUGUUCGAUACGUUAAA